AUGUCCAGCCUCCACCGCGCGCCGCUGACAAAGGGCAUCGUGGGCGUCCUGGUCAUCGUCGGCCUGGUUAGCCGCGUCCUCGAGCUCCGGCCCUACUUGGACUUCAUCUUGGUGCCGAAUGUCCUGGGAUGGUGGCAGCUUUGGCGCCUGGUCACCUAUGUCCUGGUUUUCGAACACUCCGGCGAUGCGGUCCUUGCCAUCCCGCUUAUUUUGCUGACGCUGCCGGACCUGGAGCGCCGGAUGGGCAGCCGCAGUCUCGCCAAUUACCUUCUGUCCUUCUUCAUCUACACCACCAUGCUGCAGCUCUUCUCCCUGGCCUUCCUGUCGACCUUCGGCUACAAGCGCGCGGCAUUUGGACCGCACGCGAUCCUCAUGGCUGCGCACGCGCUUUACUACUCGCGCAUCCCCGUUCUCCACAGAUCGCGCCCCUUCGGCCCCACUGGACCGGCCUUCUCGGCGCCGAGUGUUCGCCUCGUGCUCUUCCUAUUUCUUGUGUUCCUUGGCCCGGAUCGCCUUGUGGCCAUGGCCUUCGGGCUGAUUGUCGGCACGGUCCUCGCAUCCGGGGUGACCACACGCCAUGUCUUUUCGGAUCUCGGGCCCAUUGGGCCGCUGGUUGGUUUCCUGGCGGAAAUGACCCUCGAGCUGCUCAACUCCCUGAAGAAUGACCUAACUGGCAAUGGCUUCGGCGUGGAAACAUAUCGCCACGAUGCGGCACACCGACUGCUGGCUGGCCCAGCUUCCGGGCCAAAGGACCGCGGCCUCAUUCGCGUGCCGGAUGCCGUGGCAAGUGCCUGCCUUCGGAUGCACGGCCACACAUGCUGA